CCCCGCUCUCUCCUUCUCUCCCUCGCUCCCGCCGGGGCCGCAGGGGCGCGGGAUGGCGCUGCGGGUGCUGCUGGCGCUGUGCGGGGUGCUCGCUGCCUGCCGGGCGGCGGGGGCAGGGCCGGGGGUCGCCAGCCGGCGGCGGCGGCUCAGCGCCGAGGAGGGCAUCUCCUUCGAGUACCACCGCUACGCCGAGCUGCGGGAGGCGCUGGUGGCCGUGUGGCUGCAGUGCCCCGCCAUCAGCAGGAUCUACACGGUGGGGCGAAGCGUCGAGGGGCGGGAGCUCCUGGUCAUCGAGGUCUCCGACCGCCCCGGAGAGCACGAACCCGGAGAGCCAGAAUUUAAAUAUGUUGGGAAUAUGCAUGGGAAUGAAGCUGUUGGAAGGGAGUUGCUCAUCUUCUUGGCACAGUACUUGUGUAAUGAAUACCAGAAAGGAAAUGAAACUAUUAUCAACUUGAUCCAUAGCACACGUAUUCAUAUCAUGCCAUCUUUGAACCCGGAUGGCUUUGAGAAGGCAGCAUCCCAGCCUGGUGAACUUAAAGACUGGUUUGUUGGUCGAAGUAACGCCCAAGGAAUAGAUCUAAACCGGAAUUUCCCUGAUCUUGAUAGAAUAGUCUAUGUUAAUGAGAAAGAAGGUGGCCCAAACAACCACCUGCUGAAAAACAUGAAAAAAGCUGUGGACCAGAAUCCUAAGCUUGCUCCUGAAACAAAAGGUGUCAUUCACUGGAUUAUGGAUAUUCCCUUUGUGCUCUCUGCCAAUCUUCAUGGAGGAGACCUCGUUGCAAACUAUCCUUAUGAUGAGACUCGGAGUGGCAGUGCUCAUGAAUACAGCUCCUGCCCUGAUGAUGCCAUUUUUCAAAGCCUGGCUCGCAGUUAUUCUUCUUUUAAUCCUGCUAUGUCUGAUCCAAAUAGACCACCAUGUCGUAAAAAUGACGAUGACAGCAGCUUUGUGGAUGGAACAACUAAUGGUGGUGCUUGGUACAGCGUCCCAGGAGGAAUGCAGGAUUUCAAUUACCUCAGCAGCAACUGCUUUGAAAUCACAGUGGAGCUUAGCUGUGAAAAAUUCCCACCUGAAGAAACUCUGAAGGGCUACUGGGAGGACAACAAGAACUCUCUUAUCAAUUAUAUCGAGCAGAUUCAUCGAGGAGUGAAGGGAUUUGUUAAAGAUCUUCAGGGCAAUCCAAUAGCAAAUGCCACAAUCUCUGUGGAGGGGAUAAGCCAUGACAUUACAUCAGCCAAGGAUGGUGAUUACUGGAGAUUGCUUGUGCCUGGAAAUUACAAAAUUACAGCCUCAGCACCAGGGUAUCUAGCAAUAACUAAGAAAGUGGCUGUGCCCUUUAGCCCUGCAGUUGUGGUUGAUUUUGAACUGGAGUCAUUAUCUGAAAGAAAGGAAGAGGAGAAAGAAGAAUUGAUGGAAUGGUGGAAGAUGAUGUCAGAAACAUUAAAUUUUUAAAUGAAGAUUUUGGCUUUACAGCUUUUAAUCUAUUAUAUGUUGACUUAGUAUAAUGUACUGUGGGAAGUCCCUAUAUUCUAGAUUUUGUGCACUUCACAAUUAUUAACUUCAAAUUUUUCAGUCAUCUUUUGAUUCAUAUGAUUAGAAAUAACUACUAGCCUCCUAGCUAGAUAAAUAAGUUAUUAAUUCUCUUUCAUAUUGUUAUAGAAAAUCUAUGCUUAUAUACAACUCAGAAAAGUGAAUGAAUGUCUCUGCAGCCUAUAUGGAAGUACAAUCUGUUGUGUAUUAUUUGCAAGUUCAGAGUACGUAGGUUAACUCUUGAUUUUGAAGAAGAAACAAACUAUAGUUGAUUCCCAGUACUGCCAGAAAUAUUUGACAGUGCAUAGUAAUAGAUGGUGCGCUUUGCUGAAUUCUAUAAUGGAUGUUAUUGAAAAGAUUUAUAAUAACAGUGUGUGGUGUAAUAUUUUAAAAGGAUUAAAAUUGACUAUAACAUUUUGUAUGUCUCUGGUGUUGGGGCUAUUUAAAUAUGUAAGAAAAAUAAGCUGACUUAAUUUCAGUAAGCAGAAGGAAUCUGCAUAAGCUUUAUUAUUAAAAAUGACAUGGAAUGAAUUCAGGAGAUAGCAGAGAUUCUUUAAAUUUUAAUUGUAUUUCAAGAUCAGGUUUUAAUUUAUUUCUCAUUACUUAUUAACCAAAUUAAAAAAUGUGAAUGGGCAAAGAAGAGCUUGUGCAUCUUGUUAAUCUAUUGCUUGUGUUUGUUUAUGGCAAGAAAAAAGAUUAGUUUCAGAUGAUGUCUGUUUUAAUUAGAUGACUACCUUUUCCACAAUCUUUACGUGUGUCAGUGCUGUCUAGAUAAUCAGCCAGAAGCUUGUGUGUUCACCGAAAGCUAUCAAAACAUUACAAUAUAGACAAUGAACUGGAAGUCUACUGAGGACGUACAUUUAGUCUUACAAGCCAAGAAUGGUUUUGUUUCCAGCUUUGUUUCUUCUGCUGAUUAGUCUCAUCUAAAACUAGGAGCAAGACAGAUGGGUGAAAUUUUUUUCAGUGUGGUAUAAAAUUUUCCAAAAAUACUUGAGGAUGUUAAAAAAACAGUUUUUAUUUAUAAAGAUCCUUUUUCCCAUUCUUUUUAAAGUAUACUUGAAUUAACUUGCUUUAGUAUUUUGUUUAAGAUGAGUGAAAUUUGCAGAGUUGGAGAAUAGACAGGAACCAUAGUGGAGGCAAGUUUGGUAUAAUUCUUCUCAGACCACUGCCAAUGUACUACUUGAUAGCGGCUAAGUAUCUCAUCUGUUUGAAAGCUUACAAACUACUGCUAGUCUAUUUUAAUUCAAGAUAAGAUGUUUGAUAUAGACUUCUUCCCUUUGUUUCUUUAGUAUCACUGUCUGUGUUUUGAUUAAUAUAUUAUUUUACUUGAUGUUGUAGUUCAGGCCAUUCAGAACCAGUCAACAAUGCACUAUCAUGCUCCUGCCCUAACUGAAAAAUCACGUUCAGGAGUAGGAUCCAAAUUUACCUCCUUUGGGUAUUUAAAAAUCUACUGAAAGUCCUUUUUUUUUCAAGAAUUUUUAAUUCUUUAAUGAAAACAGCACUUGAUCCUUUAUAUAACAGGCUUAAGGUUUGACACAAGUUGGUGAAUUGAACAGCAAUAAAAAGGCAUAAACUUUCUCUGAUGAAGAAUUUGCUGCGGAACCUGUAACUCAUUUGGCUAGUAACUAUUUAAUUCCAAACUUCAGGUGAAGUUCACUUGCUGCCAGUUUUUAUACAGUGUUGAACUUCAAAUCUCCUUUGCAAUGAGGAACCCCUGUGGCAAAUGAAGAAUCUUAUCCUUGCGUGUCUUGGUAACAACUUGUGGCUAGCUGUGCACAAGAGCGUGUGUAAAGGGUGGCCAGUUGCACUAACUCAGCUGUUCAUGACAAUUUGAAAGGCAAAGACAUAUAGAACAAAACACACUCUGUGUCUGGAAGUAAUGAUACUGUUUUCAACCGAACCAGAUAAAAUCGAAGCAAACAGUUUGAAAAUGAAUUGUAACAAGAAUGCUGGCCUGCGAGCAAAUGGCUACAGGAGUAUUUCUGACCUGGAAACUAAUGUAAUAAAGCAAGUGUAUAUUUGUACAGAACACCCUACUCUGCCUCUCCCAAAUCUGACAGUUUCAGUCCAAGCGAUAUUACUACAUGGUGUGAUGCCUGUCAUUCAUCCAGUCUUCCUGUGUGGUAGAUUGUGUGGCAUAGUUAGUAGAGAUGUUACAUCAAAGUGAUCUCAUAACAGAUUGCUAAUCCUUACUCGCAUUACAUGUGCGAGAUCCUUUGGACUUCUGUUUCAUGCAUUUGCAAUUAGAUAUUGUGUCCCUUAAGUGAUUUUUUCAUUCUGCUCUAGAUGACUGCUUGCUAUUACUGUGCUGAGAACAGGUUAAAGUGAUUAAAUGUUACAACACCAAAACCACUGCCACUGUUCUUGCUGUAGGUAAACGUCCUUAAGGACAGCAUAGCCAAGACUCAAUAAAUUAAUUCAUUAUGUAACUUUCCUAGCUGAACUGAGCUAUAUUGUAGGACUGUGUGUGUUUAAUUAGAAGAUUGAAGUGUUGUGUGAUGCUGAGCUUUUGGUUAAAAGGCACAUGCUGUACUAUCGUACAAUAAAUUUACAGGUUUAUUUAAAAUGUAAAA